AUGGUCUUGUAUGGUUUUGUGGUGCAUGUGGUGUCUAACUACUGGUGUUUUUUCUACUCUUCUUCUUUUUGGUUGAAUGGGAAGGCAAUGUAUUUUAAGGAUCGGAGAAGGACUCGUGCACCCGUUGGCCUGCUGCGGCGUGCCCUCGCGCUCUUCGUACUAAUAGCGUGUGUAGCCGUUAUCUAUGUUUUUUUCAUGACUGUUACUCUGCAUGAUCAGUGGACUGCGGAUGGGCAUUUUGGGGUGUCAUUUGAGAGAGUGGAUGAUAACACAAUGGAUGAGACCCUCCGCUACAUUCCACGCAGUGUUGUGGACACGUGGGCCCAGCGUGAGUACCUUGUGGUGUUUGGCAUCCCGUCGGUAGACAUUGAGG